AUGUCGACGGCUGCCCGUAGGCGCUUGAUGCGCGACUUCAAGCGAAUGCAAACCGACCCCCCGGCAGGUGUCAGUGCAAGUCCCAUUGCAGACAAUGUCAUGACAUGGAAUGCUGUGAUCAUUGGGCCUAGCGACACGCCCUUUGAAGAUGGGACCUUUCGCCUAGUCAUGCAUUUCGAAGAACAAUAUCCCAACAAGCCGCCGGGCGUUAAAUUUAUCAGCCAAAUGUUUCAUCCCAAUGUCUACGCAACAGGGGAGCUUUGCUUGGAUAUUUUGCAAAAUCGAUGGAGUCCGACCUAUGAUGUGGCGGCGAUAUUGACCAGCAUUCAAAGUCUACUAAAUGAUCCGAACACGUCAAGUCCAGCAAAUGUCGAGGCUAGUAAUCUGUACAAAGACAACCGAAAGGAAUAUACGAAACGCGUGCGAGAGACGGUUGAAAAGAGCUGGGAGGACUGA